GCUAAAGGUGGAAUUAUCAUUCAAGGUGGAUGGUGGCAUUAGGUACUUUCUCUUGAUAAGAUUCCAAUUUCCAAUACAAUGUGAUUUUAAGUGUGAAUAUUACAGCAUGUUUGGUUCGACGGAAUGGCCAUUCCAUUUCGCCCCCACGCGCUACAGUGACCCGUUUGUUUGGUUGAAAUUUGACCGUUGAAUAGCUAUUCCGUGCGGGCUCUAUUACGCGUAAGCUGCAUAACCAUUCAGAGGGUCGGGCGCUGAAUGCCUAUUCAAUGGCUCUCGUAAUAGCUUUUUUUUUUAUUUCGGACGAAAAUCUCCUCCCACUUCCACUCAUCAUUUAGACAAAAAUCUUCUUGGGUUUUCAUAAAAUGCAUAGAAUACUCUCUAUUUUUGGAUUUUGGGUGUGGCGGAUUUACGUGUGCUAGAAAAUAUGGAGAAAUCGAUGUUGAAGGCGGAGCUUUCCAAAGAAAUGUGCACGUCUCCCACCGUGGAGCCCAGCGAUUAUGGGAACGGCGAGGCUCCGAUCAAUUAUCAAUGAUUGUUACAAUCUUGGAGAAGACAGCCCUGUGUUUGAAAACUUGUUUGAAUUUUGUCAAAUUUAUGCUGGUGGGACAAUAGAUGCUGCAAGAAGAUUAAACAAUCAGUUAUGUGAUAUUGCUAUAAAUUGGGCUGGUGGUUUACAUCAUGCCAAGAAGUGUGAGGCAUCUAGCUUUUGUUACAUCAAUGACUUGGUUUUGGGAAUCUUGAAGCUUCUGAAGUAUCAUGCAUGUGUAUUAUUUAUUGAUAUAGAUGUACAUCAUGCCCGUGUAUUCUAGUUAUAGACGAACUUAGAUUCAUGCUUACAUUGCUAAUAAAAAUUGAUUUUAGAGUUUUAGUAACCCACAUCUAAUUUUUUCGACAAUCUGAUGAACUGGCUAAAAGUGUAUCCAAAAUCAUCGAUUCUCAAUUUGCAGACCAGGUGGAUAUGUCUGAAGUGCAGGAAACUAAAUUUGAUGCCGAAAUGGCUGCAAUGACCUGUGUUCCAUGGGGUACCCUUGAAAGCGUUGGGGACCAAUCAGGAUAUGUCAAUGGCAUAAAUAUGAUCCUUAGUAGUAGCAUUCCUGUACUUGGGAGCAUUCUUUCACCUAUUUACUUCCAGUUCUUCUCAUACCAGUAAAUAGGGGUGUUGCACUAUGUCUCUUAACAUGGUUUACUCUUACUAUUUCUUUUUCUUCUCUCUUUCCUUUUGUAGAUAGAUAUUUUGUGCACUUGCUUAUUGCUAAUUCUUGCAGCUUGCAUCAUCGGUUGGCCCCCAAUUCUACAUGAAUAUUUUCAAAUGCAAGCAGUAUCAAAAACUGGAGCCCAACAUAUGAGGUCAAAACUUUCGACAUUUGGAUUUGGUGGGCCAACUAAAGUUACCUACGGUGGUAAUGCCUUGAAGUUUUAUGCUUUAGUGCGUCUAAAUAUAAGGAGAACAUGGCUUGUCAAGAAAGGAGAAGAGACUAUUGGAAGUCAAGUUCUUGUGAAGAUUGUGAAGAACAAGCUUGCCCCUCCAUUUAAGAAUGUUGAAUUUGAGCUUGAGUUUGGCAAGGGAAUAUCCCGGGAAAGGGAGAUCAUAGAUUUGGCAACGAAACACAAACUUGUUACAAAGUCUGGCGCAUUCUACAGUUUCAACGACAGGAAACUCCAUGGCAAGGAAGCCUUCAGAAGGUUUUUAGCUGAAAAUAGAAGUGCUCUUGAAGAACUUGUGAUGAAACUUAGAGAAAAGCUACUUGAUGCUGAGAGCAAGAAGGAACGACAAACAGAUAUCUCGGAUGAUUGUGGGGGUAAUUGUGGCGUUGAAAAGUUUUGUGUAUUCAAUGGAUGAGAUAAUACAGGAUCUUGUUUCAAAUUUUCAAGGGCAUCCGACUGUCUUUCUCUCACAUUGUCCUAUUUCCAGCCAUAUUUACCAUGUUAACAAGGGAGCAAUUUAUAUUUGAAAAAUUGCAUUGUAUAACUUAGAUUCUUAUUUAAAUUCUGAGAAAAUUUUCUGCUAUCUAGCGAAUCUGUUCUCUGCAAUUAUGAAAUCAUAAAAUCACAGAUUAGUAGUA